AUGAAAGAGAGAAAUAAAUCUCGGCUCUACGUAGCCCUGCAAUAUCGGGGCGCUGGUCGUCCCGGUUAUCACGUCGGCUUACUCCUGGUGCCCAAGCACGAGAGCCCUGAUCCUAAUACAAAGGACGCGUACAGAUAUCACGCCACCAAUUCCUUUGCGCCACAUGCUACGAUUGGCAAAGACGGCAGGCCUUUCUGGCGCUACGAACAUGGAUGGGUGAAAUCGACCCAAGUCGAAAACAUUGUUGCUAGAGUGCUUGUGGCGAAGCUGCCGGGAUGUGAAUUCCAGCAGCAAGCUUUGCGGAUUGCGCGGGAAGUCGAGCAUGUAGUCCUCGUGCAAGAGAACAGUUCUUGGCGCUGUCACCACUGGUUAUGGGCGGCAAUGGACCACUUGCGCGCCUUAGGA